GUGAAAACUCGAAAGGUUGACGGACGUGAAGCGGAGCAGUUCCGUUCUCUUGAUCUCCGAUUUGAGCAACGUCAAUCGAAAUCUCCCCCCGCGAUUUUCAUUUCAUGUCCUCAGCCACAUAAUUUCUUUUGUCAUUUUGUGAGAAAUUGUCUUCACGGUUCGUGCAAUUUAUUCAAAUUUGUUCUCUUCAAGCUCGAUCAAGCUCUUAUAGAUUUCUCUCGAGAGCUUGUUUUGCAGAGAGAGCUCAUCUGAUCGCGUAUUAUCUUCAGCUUGAAGUUGAAGAUGGGAGUGGGGAAGAACGAGGUUGACAUGGAGGAAGGAACUCUGGAGAUCGGGAUGGAGUAUAGAACAGUAUCUGGUGUUGCUGGACCGUUAGUCAUUCUGGACAAAGUUAAGGGCCCAAAGUAUCAGGAGAUCGUCAACAUUCGCUUAGGAGAUGGAACAACAAGACGUGGUCAAGUCUUAGAAGUUGAUGGGGAGAAGGCAGUUGUUCAGGUUUUUGAAGGAACAUCUGGAAUCGAUAACAAAUACACGACUGUGCAAUUUACAGGAGAGGUUUUGAAAACACCUGUCUCAUUGGAUAUGCUAGGGCGCAUAUUUAAUGGCUCUGGAAAACCAAUUGAUAAUGGCCCUCCAAUUUUGCCUGAGGCUUACCUAGAUAUUUCUGGGAGCUCUAUCAACCCUAGUGAGAGAACGUAUCCUGAAGAGAUGAUUCAAACUGGAAUAUCAACAAUUGAUGUCAUGAACUCCAUUGCUCGUGGACAGAAGAUUCCUCUUUUUUCUGCUGCUGGUCUUCCUCAUAAUGAAAUAGCUGCUCAGAUUUGUCGUCAAGCUGGUCUUGUGAAGAGGUUGGAAAAGUCUGAUAACCUCAUUGAGGAUGGGGAAGAGGACAAUUUUGCCAUUGUAUUUGCUGCUAUGGGUGUGAACAUGGAGACAGCUCAAUUUUUCAAGCGAGAUUUUGAGGAAAAUGGAUCUAUGGAGAGAGUUACCCUUUUCUUAAACCUGGCCAACGACCCCACGAUCGAACGUAUUAUCACACCUCGAAUUGCCCUCACAACUGCAGAGUACUUGGCUUAUGAAUGUGGAAAACAUGUUCUGGUUAUAUUGACAGAUAUGAGUUCAUAUGCAGAUGCUCUUCGUGAGGUAUCUGCUGCCAGAGAGGAAGUGCCUGGAAGGCGUGGGUAUCCUGGUUAUAUGUAUACUGAUUUGGCAACAAUUUAUGAACGUGCAGGACGUAUAGAAGGAAGAAAAGGUUCCAUCACACAGAUUCCUAUCUUGACAAUGCCUAAUGAUGAUAUCACUCACCCUACUCCAGACCUUACUGGUUAUAUUACUGAAGGACAGAUAUAUAUUGAUAGGCAACUCCACAAUCGACAGAUAUACCCACCUAUAAAUGUACUUCCUUCACUUUCCCGAUUAAUGAAGAGUGCUAUUGGUGAGGGGAUGACUCGUAGAGAUCAUGCUGAUGUGUCCAACCAGCUAUAUGCAAAUUAUGCUAUUGGAAAAGAUGUUCAGGCAAUGAAAGCUGUGGUUGGAGAAGAAGCACUUUCGUCUGAGGAUCUGCUAUACUUGGAGUUCCUAGACAAAUUUGAGAGAAAAUUCGUGACUCAAGGAGCCUAUGACACACGCAACAUCUUCCAAUCACUGGAUUUGGCAUGGACAUUGCUUCGCAUCUUCCCCCGUGAACUUCUCCACCGUAUACCCGCAAAGACACUUGAUCAGUAUUACAGUCGUGAUGCUACAAGCUGAGCUGAUGAACUGGUUUCUAUAUCAACUCAUUAUUCACCCGGCUCUUAAAUUGAGAUGCUCCCUAGCCCCUCGCCCUCGCACUGUCUGGUUCUUUGCUUCGCUGCUGGACUCAACUAAAAUCAGUUUCGGAGGGUGUUUCCUCUAUUUCUGCACCGAACUCUGCUAUAUUGCUUGCUUCUCAUUGUUGUACACUUGAAAAAAAUAAUGUUUAUUUAGGAGAACCCAUCAACUCUAGUAAGAACAAAAUUUCUUGGGAGAAUUCAUGCCAUCGUCCAAACUAAUGUAUUGUGUAAGUGGAACUGAACUUCCAUAACCAGGUAGGUUGUCCAAAGUUCUUUCCUUCUUAGCUAGAAAACUUAGAAGAUAUUGUAAUUGGUCCAUGACUUUUUUUUUUUUUCCCUUUUAUCUAGUUACGUGUUCCCAAAGUCCAUUGAAAUGAUUUUUUUUUUUUUUUAAUGAAAACAUUUUGAACUG